AUGCAUCUAAAUGCAAAGGGUCUCGGUGAAACUAUUAAAGAAAAGAAUGAGGCUUCGAUUCAAGAUCGAGCAAAGGCAAUAAUUUUCAUUCGCCAUCACCUUGACCAAGGGUUGAAAGAUGAAUAUCUUACUUUGUUAUUAUGUGGGGAGAAAAUCACUGAUGAUGAUAUGCUUGAAAAAACCUUCUCUACUUUUCAUGCAUCAAAUAUGGUGCUACAACAGCAAUAUAGAGAGAAGGGUUUUACUAAAUAUUCCCAGUUGAUUUCAUGCCUUCUGGUGGCUGAACAAAAUAAUGAGCUGUUGUUGAAAAACCACGAAGCACGUCCUACUGGCUCAAUCCCAUUCCCUGAGGUGAAUAGCGUGUCGUAUAAUAAUAAUAAUGCAAAGGGCCGUGGCCGUAGCCGUGAUCGUAGCCGUAGGCAGGGACAUGGGAAAUAUCGUGGUUAUAAUCCUGGCAGUGGACAAAAUCAUCGCAGUGGUUACAAUUCCAAGAAUAAAAAUUACCACCGAAAAGGGGAAAGUAGUGGUGCAAAACAUGAUAAGGACAAACGUGAAAAUUAUUCCAAACGUACUGAAAGCGUAUGUUAUCGUUGUGGCAUGACUGGCCAUUGGGAGCGCGUUUGUCAUACAUCAAAGCACUUUGUGGACCUCUAUCAAGCAUCCCUGAAAGGAAAAGCAAAUAUAGAAUCCAACAAUGUUUUUAUGGAAGACGAUUUUGUUGACACACAGUUGGAUGUUGAAGAUUAUCUUGGGCCAGUUGAAAAUCUAAAUUAA